UGAAGUUUUACUUUGUGAGCCGUUCCCCCACGCCAACGCCACUCCUCUACUGGACAUCAGAGAAUAACCUCAGAGAUUAGUCCGCAAGCGUCCGCCCGAAAUGUUCACACCCAUGGAUUCAUUAUUAGGCACUGCUUGAUGUAGAGCGCUCCUCUUGUGAGCGUCUGCUUUGAUUUGUUAUCGAGACAAGCGAAGAAAGGUGCCGUCUUGGGCUCUUCCUUGGCUUCGAUCGACAAGAGAGGAGAGGAGAGGAGUCACCUUCGCGUGCUUCUUCUCUGGUUUUUUAUCGGGACGAGCGGAGAAAGGUGCUGUCUUUAUGGCUCCACGGUGAGAUAAGGGAAGAAAAGAGCCACCUUGGGCUCUUCCGUGGCCUCUGUUGUAGUUUCCGAUAGAGAAGAGAGAAGAAAGGAGUCAGCUUUGGUGUCUCGGGAGCUAUGUCCGGCGAGGCGGAGAAUUGUGGCUCCGUUCUUUUCCUGGGGCUGCCGGACGACGUACUGGCGCUCAUCUCCGCCCGUCUCCGCCCCCGCGACCUCUGCGCGCUCGGCCUAUGCUGCCGUGGCCUCCACGUCGCCGUCGCGGCCUCCGAGAAGGCCUGGCUCGCGCAGUGCCUUCGCCUCGGCCCCCCGCCCCACCUCCUUCCCCGGUGGCGCAGGGGCGUCCGCUCCUACGGCGCCCUCUGCCGCUUCCUCGCAGCCGUUGCGCCUCUCCUCGGCAUAUGGGUGCACCAGAAUCCGGAGCUCGGCAACGUCGUCUGCGUCGUGUGGGGCUUCCUCUCCGUCGUCGGCGUCCGCGUCAUCCCCCAGGAGCUCGGGUAUCUGGGCCUAGACGCCGGGCCUCUCCUCUGGGCGCCGGUUUUCGAGAUCCUCGCCGACGCCAAUGGCUCGCCCUCUCGCUUCUUCCUCCAUGGCCGAGACUGCGGCGAGGACUGCCUCCACCCGGGCUCCGUUCGAUCCAUCGACUCCUCUUGCAACGUCCUCUUCCUGGAGGCCGAUUCCCGUCCCCAAGAUUCCGCCUUUCCUCCAAGACCGCUCCAUUUGCCCCCCGCCCGGAGCUUCUCUUCCGUUUCUGGAUCGAAGGAUCCAGAUUUGGCAAGAAAAUAUUCCCGGUCUCGCACCACUGUCGCCUUCCGUUCCUCGGUCGCGCCGCCUCCGCCUUGUUCUUUCCCAUCCUUCAGCCGAUUGCCGUUCAGCGACCGCCGCCGGCUUCUAGAACUGGUGGCGGCCAGAAUCCGCCUCAAGGUCCCCCGGGAUCUGGCCGCUGCUCCUCUCUUUGAACGUUCUUCCUUCUGCGAUGAUGCCAAUCUCUUGGCUAAUCGAAGGUUGGAGCUCAUCGAAAUGCUCAAACUUAGCGGAGGGUGGAUCGAUCGGAUGGCGGCAGAGUUAGCAUUGAGCUUGACGGAGCAUCGGAACGCUGCAAGCAGCAACGCCGUCGACCACCGGACGAGAACUGCCACUGACAAAAGAAGAGCCUUCUCCUCCGUGGCCGGGUACUUGAAACAAUUCAUGGGCAGGUCUACCUCUCCUAACGUUCCCUGUUCGAUUUCAAGAAACGGGAAUCCUGUGGGCGGCGGCAAGAACAAGCACGCGCAGCUCCACGAGUUCUUGAGGUCAGGCGACGUGAUCGGGCUGAGCUUAAGAGCAACCCACAUGAGGGUAACCACGUACAGGGCGUGGCCAAACAUGCACGACAGCAGGUUUGCGCUGUACAAGCUCCCAUUGCAGGCCCCAAUGGCGUGCCAGGAGCACGCAGGCCUGUGGGGCGGCACCUUUGGCUGGCCACCGGGACAGCCCUCCGAGGGCAAAUCAGGGAAGGCCUUGUUCUUCUUGUUGCUUUCUUACGAGGAGGUCAACGGCCACCCCCUUCUCAUUGCCACCAAGAUACUGGAAGGAACCCACUAUGUCCUCCAUCCCAAUGGCUCCGCAAUGUUCAUUGUGAAAAUGGAUGAGACCACAUCAGAGCCAUUCCCAUGGGAGACCGACGGCGAAUCUCUUCAGGUGGAAGUGAAAUCUAGUCACUCAGGGGAGGGGAUCGCGAAUGGUUACGGUUUCCGAUACCCAGGAUCCAAGCCUGGCUCACUGUUUGUGCUACAGAAUGGACUGUUGGCAUUUGUGUGGAAGGAGUCCCAGUCCAUCUUGACCUUGCAGAGGGUGGACUUGCAGGAGCUGCUAAAGAAAGGAGAAAGAGUGCCGGUGCUGCCACCAAUCGCAAACUUUGUCUAUCUUACAAAGUCUUACUCUAACGUUUUCACAGGCUUCCCUAUCAACUCAGAAUUAUGAGGCCUGAAAGAGUCAAAGUGGCAUGUGGCGGAAAUAGCUUGGUAUGCUUGUGACAGAACGACAAGUCAUGGACACUUUGGAAGAUGUGGGAAUUAAAUAGGCAGAAGUUGAGAACGACGGCAAACAAAAUGAGGCAUAAGAAGAGGCCUAAAUGGAAAUCUGUAAAUUUCCUUGUGAAAAGCAAGUCUACUUAACAAUUUCAGCAUAGGAUGUUGUCAUCGGUAUAUAUAGAUGAUACAGCUGAUACCUGUUUUAGAAUUAUGAUGAUGCUUGAAAGAGUCAAACUACCAUGUUGUGAGAUUAGCUUGUUAUCCUUGUGGAAGGAUAGUCUGAUGAAAUUCUAAAAAUGCAGUAUCGUUGAGAAAAAUGACAAAGAAAGUAGUAUUGUUUGAAACCUAAGAAGCAGCCUCACAGCUUGAAGUGUCUGCACUCUUUAUUGAUCUGUUUGUAAAAGUUACACUUAACAGUUCUAUACUUCUUUGAGAUGACUUAGUGCGAGCAUCUGGUGACGCUGGGAGAAUCUCAUGGUACAACAAGUGGGGAAGCUGGUAAUAUUUGCACAUGAAUAAUAUUUCAUGCACAUGAGAAGCAACAAGUAGAAGGAGAAACAUAUUCUGAGAAGAAUUCUGUACUCUCUGAAAGAGAAUUUCCAACGUGAACUCCAAUAACUAAUCCAGCAAGACCUCCAGGUUUGGACAAUAGAAGACGUACGAGCUUUGGAUCGAAACUUCGGAGUUAUGAGGGUCAAUUAAUAGCUAGUAUGAUCAGGUAGAAAUAUCGUACUAGGAGUCCAGAUAUUAGAUUGAAACUUCUUGUAAAGAGUUAUAACUGUGAGAAGUAACAUAGCUUGUUUUUCUGUUGUGGGUUUAGGUGAAUAUUCGUAUUGAUGUUAUUGGCCUAAUUGUCAUGGAACUGGCAUGUAUAAGUAUCUACGGCUGCAGCUGCAGAGUCAAGGGUUGGAUGUGUUUGGGAGAAUAACAGAGCCAAGGAUGCACAGAGCACGAAGACCAUAUAAAGAACUUAGUCUGACAGAAACUAUCUAUAAGUUGGAUGCAGGAAAGUCGUAUGGAGGAAGGUUAAAUAAAAGAAGCUUGAUAGUUUUGGGAAGUAUCAACUUUCACAUACAUGAGAUCCAGUUUCGGUAGCAACCAACAUCUCUCAGAGCUAGUUUAGCCAGAAUGUGUUAUAUUGCGCUGCUAUGCUUAGCGUUGUUACUAAAUACCAUGUUUGGAGUUACAGAAUGUAGUGUUAUUACAAACCUUUUUGGUCGGCUGCUCGAAACUUCACAGCUUAUGCCAAUGUUGCCUGAGCUACAACAAGGUUUAAGCGUGCAGGACGAGAAUAAAAUCAGAUCAUCUUUCAUGCUAGAAAUGAAGUCCGACAUUGUCCACCAUUUUGUUGCUGGUGUUGAUUUCAUAACCUUGUAAUUGUUUUUGAGAGGCACCGUACAUAGCAUAGAUAUGCGUGGACAAGAUGACAAGGUAACGAAUACAAGUAGCCUUCUUUGAUCAGUGCUUAAAUAUUCUGUUCAACUGGAAAAACUCUUUCAGUCAUGUGACAUUAUGUUGGUAGCACUUUUAUUUCAGUCUGUUCUCCUGC